AUGAACUCCAAGAUGAUCUCCAUCACGGCGGGCAUCUUCUCCAUCCUCAACACCAUCCAGUUCGUCAUCUUCGAGCUGAACCAGAUAACCCACAUUGGCUUCGAAGACAGGUACAGCAUCUACCUGGACACAGACUCGGAGGUGUCGUCAUGGGCCGUGGUCUACAGGCACAACAUCACCACGGGGCUGUCCAUCACCACCAUCACCAUCAGCUGCUUCCUCCUCUUCUGCCUGGACAAGAACAUGUUCAUCGGGAUGCUGGUCUACCCGGCGUGGAUCACGGUGUACGAGCUCUUCAGCAUCACCAUCGUCUUCCUCGUCCACAGCACCAUCAAGGAGCAGUUCAAGGAGCUGAGCCAGCUCUACCUGACCCUGCACAUCCUGCGCAUGCUCCUGCACUUCUCGGCCCUGCCCUUCGUCAUCAAGCACGGCUACAAGCUCUACAAGGACCCCAGGAUCGUGACCAUAGCCGGCCGCCGGCGUCGCUCCUCCAUCAGCACCGUGGACUCGUGGCCGCCGGUCGGGCUGGGCUCUCGGUACCGCAAGACAAACUGA